AUGGUCGCUCUGGUUUCCCAAGACAAUGUGGUCGCGUUGGUUUCUCGCACCGGCCGCGAAUUGCAGCGUUACCGGAAAGGCCGCCGCCAAGUCGUCGGGUGUAUACCGUACAGAUACAAGAUGGAGGAGCAAGGUUCCAUGGAGGCGUCAGGAGAACUAGAAGUUCUGGUAAUCAGUUCACAGAAAGGCAAAGGGAUGCUAUUUCCAAAGGGAGGCUGGGAAUUAGACGAAUCCCAAAAGGAGGCCGCUGUGAGAGAAACCAUUGAAGAAGCAGGAGUUCGGGGCAUUGUUGGGGGUAAACUGGGUAAGUGGAGCUUCAAGAGCAAAACCCAUGACACCUUCUAUGAAGGCUACAUGUUCCCUCUCCUUGUUCAAGAACAGCUUGAACUCUGGCCUGAGCAGAACUUCCGUCAAAGAAUCUGGAUGAGUGUUGACGAAGCAAGAGAAGUGUGUCAGCACUGGUGGAUGAAGGAAGCAUUGGACAGACUGGUGAAUCGACUGAGGGCUAAUAAGAAGCUUGGACUAGAGAAACAAGAAGGUUCUUUGAAGAACAAUGGAGGAUUGGAGAUGGAAACUCUGAUGAUUUGUAAAUAGAUGAUGAGAAUUUAGUAGAGAGAUUAGAGAGGUUCUAUAUUUUG